GUUACUUCUCUACACGUCAAAUCUCCAUCAUGCCCGAGCUAACGGCAGACCAAAUCAGUGCCAUCACGCAGGCUGUAUUCGACGGCUUUGAUGAUCAACUAGCCUUCACUCAAACGCUGAUCCGCUUCGGGGGACAACGUGGCUCUGAGCAUGCGAUCCAAGAAUUCAUAUUUCAGCAGUAUUUAGAGCGUGGUUACAACCCCGUCAAAUUUGAUAUUGACCCAGAGGAGAUCUCGCGACAUGUUGGCGGUGGUAAGAUCAGCGCCACACAUUCGAAAGCUCCCAUUGUCGUGGGAGUUCACACCCCAAAAGUACAAGCCAAGGACGGGAAAAGCCUCAUAUUAAAUGGCCACGUAGACAUAGUUCCCCUCGGUCCACGCGAAUUAUGGACCGAUGAUCCUUACAGCGCCCGUAUCGAAGGUGACAAGCUUUACGGACGGGGUGCAGGAGAUAUGAGAGCCGGAGUCGGCAUCUAUUUCAAGGCAUUGGACGCAUUACGAAGAAUCGGUAUGCAGCCAGCAUCAAAAAUCGUGCUCGAGUCUGUGGUGGAAGAAGAGUCUACAGGCAAUGGCACACUGAUGGCGCACAUUAAAGGCUAUCGAGCAGACGCCGCCCUGAUUCCAGAACCUGUAAAUGAGGAACUCGUUCGGGCUAAUGUCGGAGUGCUCUGGUUUCAGAUUGAGGUUAAAGGCAAGCCGGUACACGUUCGGGAGAUGGCAGCAGGGACAAAUGCAAUCGACGCGUGUUGGAAAGUUAUCCAAGGGCUAAGAGAGCUCGAAAAAGAGUGGAAUGCGAAAGGGAUCGGAAACGACCUGCAGGUAAAUGACAUUUUGAGUCAUAAAGAGCUCGAGCACCCGCUGAAUCUCAACAUUGCCAUGAUCAACGGAGGAGACUGGGCAAGUUCGGUACCUGCCUGGUGCAGAGUAGACUGCAGAAUAGCCAUAUUUCCGGGCGUCAGCGCAAAGUCGGCUGCAGAAGAGAUCGAACAGAAGGUGUCUGAAAUAACAAAGUCUGACUCCUUUCUUAGCAAACAGCCUCCCAAAGUGAUCUGGAAUGGGUUUUACGCCGAAGGAUAUGUCCUAAAUCCAGGAAGUCGUGCCGAGGAAGUCUUAAGAAAGGCGCACAAUGCCGCGACAGGCCGUGACCUGAAGCCUGCAUUUUCGGGCGCGUAUCUUGACGCCAGGGUGUAUUCGAUAUAUGACAAGAUUCCUGCUCUUACGUAUGGCCCCGUUGCUGGUAACGUGCACGGCUUCGAUGAAUGGGUUAGCAUAGAGAGCAUUAAGAACGUAACAGUGGCGGUUGCACUAUUCAUUGCCGAGUGGUGCGGACUUGAGAUGGUAUCGUAAGGGUCUCUGGCACUUGUAGUCUGUUGUUCUCAAUAGCUAAUAUUAGACGUGUGGAUGAAUGAAAUCAUAAUGUGAUCAUAUA